GUAUAUGUUGUUGCUAUCAGACAAAGCUACUGAUGGACUGUCAGAAUAAGAAGAUGGAGCUUGAGGAUGCUGUCGGCGAGUUAGAGGCCACAGCACAACAACAGCUACGGGGACUCGCAAAUCAAAGUGAGGCUGCCAUUGAGGCUGCUCAGGACAAACUCAGCCUCGCCUACGGAAAAGUACAAACACAUCAACACUUUGUCAAGGGUCUGGCAAAUGACUUGGUAAGGAGAGUUGGGCAGACUCGCUCCCAGCUGAAGGAUAUUCUCGCCAGGAGAGACGAGGAAGAACAGAUUCAGCGACAGAGUCAGAAUCAAAGCCAUGGGAAUGCUUCUCUUCAGAAAGCACAAAGUCUGGCACGUAACAUCCUCAACCUCAGCCAAUCAGACUUGGAUGACAUCAUGAGUGCAGACGGAGAUUCAAUAGCA